UAUUAUUGAUUAGUAAACCAUAACUAUCUUAACAAUGUCAUCACUUAGCAGUUCAUCAGAAUAUUUCGAACAGAGAGCUUCCACAUGGAAAAGAAUUUUCAAUUUUAGAUCAAGUAGUCGACAAGUAAACGUAAUCAGUAGGACGAAUGCUCUAAAAAACUGGGACACCACAUGCCCUCUAGAUAGUAGGGAUAACGAAGUGAACGAACCAUCUGCUAAUUCUUUAAGAACUUAUAUAUUCGAUGCUGACGGUGGCGCUCAUGGUUUUUAUGAUGCUAAUAAUAAUGUCCAAACUCUGAAUCACGAGUAUGAUGGAUCCCGUGUUAUGUUUUUAGACUCUUGCAUCAUAACUCCGAAUUGCAACAAUGACGUAGAAAAGUGCGAGAAAGUUGAUAGUGGUACUAUUAAAUCCAUUGGGAAUAACAGAAUCGAAGAAAAGUUUUAUCAUCCAAGGGAACUGAAUGACAAUGUUGGGAAACAUGAAAUGUUAUCUAAUUCGAAGUUAGUAUUUGAAAAACAAACAAGUAGCAAUACUAUUGUUACAGAAGAAGAAGUUUUAACUAAUGUGCUUUGCAAUGGAACAUCUACUGAUGUCGAAUACAAGAUUCUGGAAACACCCAAUAAUGAAGUUACUAAGAAUGAUGAAAAUGAUGGUGUAGAAAACGAUGCAUCAAAAAUAAGUGAUAACAAUGAUGUACUAUUGACAGGGAACGCAGAAAUUAAUUUUGUAAAUAUUGUCGAUGGAAGCAAAUAUUGCAAUGAUGAUGUUGUUGUUGGUAAUCGGGCAAAUGAAUCAUCCGAUGAAGUUGAACACGAGCUCAUUCCCACCGUGUCUAUGGACCACGAUACAUUACUACAGAUUGUACCUCCACGUUACCCGCUACCACAUUGUACAAGUUCAACAAUUCCAAUGAAUACAUGUUAUAGAGGAAGGUUCUUUAUGGUGCUUGAAAGAAUACUGUUCAAUAUAACAAGAAAUACAUUCAAAAGAUUAUCACGUUGUAUAAAUCGUGGUUCAGAGCAUAAUAUAACAGCGGAGUGUAUCAGCAGACAAAGGAAUUUGUUUUUCAAAAAACGUUGGGCUAAGCCUCUAUGCGACACUCCAAUGGAGAAAACAGAAACGGAAGCCACUGAUGAAAGUAUGUAUUACGAAACAGAGCUUUCAGAAGAUGAGUAUACAUCAGAUUUUAAUGAAGAAGGUAUCAUAGAAAAGAUGAAAUACAAAAAAUAUAAAAAAAUAGACACAUACCCAAUAGAGUGUAGGUUGGAGAUUUCAAUAAUAUCAAGAAAACUGAAACUUUUAAAGAGACAAGUACAACAUAAAAGCAAGAUCAGGUUUUUACCAACUCAUUGCUAUUUGCAUCCCACAAAAAUUCAUUAUAAUGAAGAACAUUGCUGAAAAUAUACAUCCUAAAAAAUGAGUAUCAUAUAUC